GACUUUCGCUUUCAAUUUCGGGCAGCGCUGCCGGAGGGAAGCCCCGGGCUCUGCUCGGAGCCCAGAGGUUUCUUCCCUAAAGGGCGAGGAGAAGCUGGGAAACUGCAGCGAUUUGGUAGCCAGGGACUCAGCCCUGCAAUGGGAUCAGCUGAAAGAGUCACUGACCGUGGAAAUCAUCGCACCAAACCCCGCGGAGUCUGAUCCCACCCUGGAGAUUGUAAAAUUUCUCAGAAGGACCAAUCAGGCAGGUUAAUUUUGCUUCAAAAUGAUUCCUCACGUCCCCUCGUGUGUCCUGCUCAUUGCCUGGCCAGAUUGUUACUAACACAAAGAUUAACUAACCCUGUGCAAUUUGAUUUACACGUUCUGUAAACACUGCAGUACAAGGACGUUCACAAUGAUUGACACCCCGAUGCCUUUCAGAGCCUUGUCCGAGCGGCGUAACUCGGGAUUUGUGCGGCAGGCUGGGUUCGAAAUUUGUUUCUUUUGCGGGUACGUUUCAUUCAAGAACCCUGGGCCCGACCUUGUUCUCAGUGACGUCCCGGGGCGAUUUGUAACAAGUAACUUCCUGUAUUGAGAAUACCGGACGAGACUUACUGUGCCACCCCCAGCUGUUCUGUCCUUCUGCCUCUUAACGUGACAGUUUCUACCUCUGCCUGUGGGGCUGAAUCCUGUUGUUUCUGAUCAUUUUCCUUUUUUCCCUUGAAAAUAUUUCCACAAUCAAUCAAGACAGAAACUUGCAUCCUGUUCUCCUUCUGAAGUGAGGGGGAAUUAAGCAUGUGCCUAAAGCAGACCAUGAGCUCAAGUGUGCUGCUGAAUAGGGGCUUCAUGACAUAAUUUAAAAAGAGGCAUAUUUACACAGCGGUUGACAGAUCAUCUCCUAGUGUGUGAACGGUGUGGAGGGGAGAUUUCCUGAGGAAAUCUAUAGGACUAAAGGUAGUAAAAAAAUAAUUUUAAAACACAUUUACAACAAUAAUUCACUUUUGUUUUGUUUAAUAUUUUAUAGACUUUUUCAUUUUUCAUCAAAUAUUAUUGAAACAAUUUUUUUUUCAACCAUUGUUACUCUUCUUUUAGCAAGAAUAGGGGAGGGGUCAAUAAAUUGUUUUGAUCAAUUUGAUUAGAAUUUCUUUUUUGAAUCAAUUUGAACUAUAUAUUCUCAUUUAGCAUCAUUUCAUUGAAAAAUUAGAAACAUUCCAAUUGUAGGAAAAUUCAUUUUUAAUGUUUUUUUUAAAAUUCAUUUUCUAAUGAAAACAUCAUUUUGUUUAAACAUUUUUUAACUGCAGUCACUGGGAGCUGCAGGCGGCCGUGCAAAUGUAAACAAACUGGCAGCCCACCAGUGGAUUAGCCUGACAGGCCACGUGUGGCCCGCAGGUUGCCCACCACUGGUCUAACCUGUUGUGACGUUAUUGACAUGAACUGGGACCGUAUAGAUCAUUGUUACAACCAAGGCCCUGUAGUGGCACCAAAUCUUGUAUAAAGGGGUCAAAUAAAGUGUCUAAAACAAGGUUAUGGUUUGCUGGUUAGGGUUAUGCUAUCUGUUUGCAUGUAUCAUUUUUGUCUUAAAUCAUUGCAACUAUGUUGCAUUCGAUACACUGUUUGUUUUCUCUCUUUUCUCUUGUCAUCUGGAUCAAGUAACAGUGAGAUGAAAGUUCUCUCAAUCUGCCACAGCUCCAGAGCCAGAACCCUUCUACCCCAUUUUAUCAUUUUCUUCAUUACAUUUUAUGUUCACAAGCUGGAAUCAGCCCGGUUCACAGUGAUUGGACCUGAUCACCCUGUCACUGCCAUCAUGGGUGAGGACAUUAUCUUACCCUGUCACCUGUCCCCCAAGAUGAGCGCUGAGAACAUGGAAGUGAGAUGGUUCCGAUCUGAGUUCACUUCGUUUGUGCACCUGUAUCAGCAUGGAAAGGAUGAGUAUGGGCAGCAGAUGCCAGAAUAUCAUGGAAGGACAGAGCUUUUGAAAGCUGGCAUUGUGGAUGGGAAUGUUGCCUUGGGAAUUGUCAAUAUCAGACUUUCUGAUGAAGGACAGUACCGCUGUUUUGUUCAAGAUGGUGUCUUUCAUGAAGAAGCUGUAUUGGAAUUGAAGGUAGCAGCUUCAGGCUCUGCACCUCGCAUCUCUGUUGAGGGUCACCAGGAUGGAGGGAUCCAAGUGGUGUGUCAGUCGGCCGGAUGGUACCCAGAGCCCAAGGCGCUGUGGAGAAAUCUCAAAGGGCAGCCUUUAUCUUCAUCAACUGAAACCAAAUCUGAAGAGCAACAUGGUCUCUUUGAAAUAAAAAAUUCUAUUGUUAUAACAGAAAAUUCAAACAAGAAUUUGUCCUGUGCCAUAAGGAACACCCACCUGAACCGAGAAAAAGAAUCAAUAACAUUUUAUAUAUCAGGGAAACAUCUCAACACUAUCAGUAAACUUCAAACAGAGCUAGAGUGGAGGAGAUCCCUGGGUGAUGCAGCAAAUGUGACUCUGGAUCCAGACACGGCUCAUCCAGAACUUGUCCUGUCUAAGGAUCGGAAAAGUGUGAGAUGGGCAGACACAUGGCAGGAUGUGCCCCACCACAAGAAUCCUGAGAGAUUUGACAUUGAGCGCUGUGUGCUGGGCUGUGAGGGGUUCACCUCAGGGAGACAUUACUGGGAGGUGGAGGUGGGGGUGGGGCUACUCUGGGCUGUGGGGGUGGCCAGAGAGUCUGUGAGGAGGAAGGGAGGGAUCAGCCUUAGCCCUGAGGAGGGGAUCUGGGCUGUGGAUCAGAGGCAGGGCCAGUACCAGGCUCUCACCUCCCCUGUGACCCCCCUAGACCUGAGCCAGGCCCCCAGCAGGAUCCGGGUUUGUCUGGACUGUGAACAGGGGCAGGUGACAUUUAUCAAUGCUGGAGAUGAGGCCCCGAUCUUCACUUUCCCGCCGGGCUCCGUCCCUGGGGAGAGAAUCCGCCCUUGGCUCUGGCUGGGGAUGGAAAGCCAGCUCAAACUGUGUCCCUGAGAGACGGGGGGUAUAUCCCACUGGGGACCCUGAAAUCAGCCUGUCUAGCCUCACACACCCAAGUAUCUAUGAUCUUGGCAUCAUCCUGUCCACCCAGUCCUAUGGCCUCUUAAUUCUAUGUCCCCUGGAACCUCCUCCCCCCUCCUUCCCCGCAGCACAAAGAUGGGAUCUAAAGGGAGACACCCCACUCUCGGCCAGGGCUGUGACUUUGUGUUCUGUGAGCUUCUAAUUUCAAUGACUAGGGGUGGCAUCCAUGAAGGGACUUAGAUGUUGCAACCCUGGGCGUCACUGGAUGUCAUCUUUAGGUGCCUAGAAGAUCACAGGAACAACACUAUGACCCACAAAGCCUGACUUAGGGACCUAGUCUCCCUAUACAAUGAAUGGAGACAGACAGAUACCUUACAAUGCCAUCCACAAGAGCCGGCCUGCUAGGUGGGGAGCCAUCUAAACUAGCCAAUGGGAGAUGCGAACAACAGGGGUGUGUCCUAAGCCCCGCCCCCCUCGCAAAGAUAAGUGCCUAAGUCUGCAUUGCUGGGGGGCCCCCACCUCUGCUUAGCAGUCCACGAAUGGGAACCCACCGCCUGAGGCAUUA